AUGUCCAAAUUAGCAUUGAAGGGGUCUAGUAAGACUGUUUGUGACUACUUUGAGUUUUCCAUCAAUAGCAUUUUAUUUCAAAGAGGAAUUUACCCUUCUGAAGAUUUUCAAACAGUCAAAAAGUACGACAUACCUUUAGUUAGAGUUAUUGAUGAAGACAUAAAAUCAUAUAUUAAUCAAUUCUUAGAGCAGAUCAAGAAAUGGGUUUAUGGUACGAAACUACAAAAAUUAAUAUUGGUUAUCAUUGAUAAGGAUUUGGGGGAAGGUAUAGAAAGGUGGGAAUUUGAUUUAGAAAAUAAUGAAAAUAUUACUACCAAGGAAAGCGAACGAAAAGAAAUUCAAACCAUCAUAAGACAAAUCACCAGUUCUUCAGCAUAUUUACCCAUAUUAACCGGCGAAUACACGUUCAAUAUAUUGGCCUAUACCCAGGAUACUCCUAUAGUACCAACAGAGUGGGCUGACAGUCAGGAUUUGAAUCUUCAAGGAGACGUUGAAUCUGUCAAUUUCAGUAGAUUGAAGGCUGGACUGCAUACUGUAGGAACUAAAGUGUCCUACAGAUUAGAAUCGUAG